AUGUACGAUCGUAGUCAACCAGGCGCCGGCGACAACGAGGAUCAACGGUUGAUAGUCAGUUUCAUGAGAACGAACAAAUGGCGAAAGAUCACCGAAAUUGGCCAGGAUUUGACGCCAGCGGAACGCUCUAAUUUCCUCUGGGCAUGGCCAUUGGAGCAGGACGUUGAGCGACUCGGAGCUACCCUAGAACGGCUCACGAUUCGGUCGAUCGCUAGUGUUGGCUGUGGCAACGGAUUACUCGAGUGGAUUAUUGGCUGCGCGUUUCACGCAAUCAGUGUGAUUGGCAUAGAAAUCGAUCAAGAAUGGUGGGACUCGAAGUACGCCCCAGCACGCUACAUUCCAUUGACGUUCGUAAACGGUACAGCUGGCUCCGUACAGGAAGUGACGCAGAAAAUGCAACAAGAUCAAAUCGAUGCCUUGUUGUUUUGCUACUUUAACAAUGGCGACGCUUUCGAACAGUACGUAGCUGGGUUCGGUGGUCGAUUUGUGAUACUAAUUGGUCCGAAAAACGAAAAAGGCGUUCACACCAACCCACUACCGAUGGCACCAGGGGAACAGUUCGUGCAAAAGUGGAAGCUGCUCGAGCAUUUCGACAUUGGAAGUGAAAAUAUCAACUGUGUGGCAAUCUAUGAGCGAAUGCCAGCGCAGGCGUAAAGUACCAGCGGAGACAAGGUGUGAUAUUAUAAUUAAACAUGGUAAUAUAUUUGACUCAA